GAGCUAAGAAUUCGGAUCUUGCUUAAAUAGUAGUAGUGUAGAGUAAUUUAAUAGCACAGAUAUAAGAUCCUAAUUCUUAGGGUUAAGGAUUAAGGUGAAGUAAGUGAGGCACUUGACUAGGGUAUAAAAUGUAAGAGAGUGCCAAAAAAACCUCAAUAAUCAUGAUAAAUAGUGUUUUAAUGCAACAUUUGGGGGAAAAUUAAUGCCAAAAAAUCCACGAUGAACAAAACAUCGCAAUUUUAGAAAAAGAUGAGAUCUGACCCUACAUCUGCCCCUGACUCACCUUUUGCCUUGACUGGGUUCACCAUGUCCUUGGAUAAGGCAUUCCUUUGAGUCCAGAUUUUCUUAUCUAAAAUUAGUGCCAUGAAUCUUCGAUUUCCUGGUUGAGUUAUUAGGGUAUUCAAAUCAGCUAAAAAUACAUGGGAAAGCCCAUCAUAAAUACAAAUUAUGUAUUUAUUUACAAAUUUAGGGAACUUAUCAACUUUAAGUCAUCAGUCUUAUCAGCCAAGGUGAGUAAUCCAAGCAGCAGAUUUGAAGACCUUUGAAAAACCGCUCAUAGAGUUGGAGGCGUAGCUCUUGAAUUAUCAGCUGCCAAUAGGGGCAGGGACCUGAAGACAGUUGUAGGACCUCUCCUUUCUUCCUUCUUUCUUUUUUGUUCUUGGAGGUAAAGUUUGUGAUUUGUAAGAGACAGAAGAGGUAAGCAGAAAUCCUCUUUGUUUAUUCUAACUUUCUCUGUGAAGUGCCCAUGGACACUGAAAUCUCACUUUUGCUCAAGCUAUUCCACCCACCAGGGAUGCUUUCUCCAUUUCUCCUGCCCAUCUGGGUUCCACCCACCUGUUCUUCACACCUCAUCUUGUUGAGGCCUCCUAGUUUCUCUCGGCCAGAGAUGUGUUCUCAGUCCUGUGCCUUCCUUCGGUAGAUAACCAUCUCUACCACACAUUUGGUGAUCCUUCCAAAGUCCUUGUUUUCUUGACUUUUUAUCUGAUCCUGUAUUGGGUUUACUUUUCAGACCACAGUUUUAGAAAUAUACAUCAUUUCUCUAAUUAGAUUCUAAAUCCUUGAAUAGCCCUUACUCUCCCUUAGACUGAUGAUGUCAGGGUAAGCAGGGAUUUAGGUCUGUUUUGUUCAGAUGGUCUUCGAGGUGCUCAGCAAAGAGCCCUUGCACGCAAUAUUUAUUUUUUGUACAUCAUACAUGUUUCUUUUUGAAUGAAAUAAGUGAAUGUCUUGUAUGUAAAAGGGCUGGGUAAAUAUUUACCCUUUGGAUUCAUUUGUUUUCAUCUAGGCUUAGAGAGGACGGUUGGUGCCAUGUGGAAGGCAAUUGUUUUGCUGGUUGUGUUCAUGUUCAACCCUGGUGGCGAUGGGCUCUUUCACAACUUAUACAAAAAUGUUCGGGUUUCCGUACCACGCGAGGGAAACGUAGGAGAGCCGUUAUUUCUUACUCCCUAUAUUGACGCUGGGAAACUUGAAGAAGCAAAAAACCAGAGUUUGGUCCCUCCUUUCCCUGGAUCGAACGUGAAGAGUUACGCUGGCUACUUCACUGUGAAUAAGACCUACAACAGCAACCUUUUCUUCUGGUUCUUUCCAGCUCAGGUACAGCCGACGGCUGCUCCAGUGGUUCUCUGGCUGCAGGGUGGGCCAGGAGGUUCAUCUAUGUUUGGACUUUUUGUGGAACAUGGACCUUAUUUUGUUACAAGGAACAUGACCGUGCGUGCCCGAGAGUUUCCUUGGACCACCACGUUUUCCAUGCUUUACGUGGAUAAUCCAGUGGGCACAGGGUUCAGCUUUACUGACGACCCCGAGGGAUAUGCAGUCAAUGAGGACGAUGUGGCACGGAAUUUAUACAGUGCACUAAUUCACUUUUUCCUGUUGUUCCCUGAAUAUAAAAACAAUGCCUUUUAUGUCACCGGGGAGUCUUACGCAGGGAAGUACGUGCCGGCCAUUGCGCACUAUAUCCACACACUCAACCCCAUGAUGACAACGAAGAUCAACCUGAAAGGAGUUGCUAUUGGCGAUGCGUAUUCUGAUCCUGAGUCAAUCAUAGGGGGCUAUGCAACAUUCCUGUACCAAAUUGGCUUGUUGGAUGAGAAGCAGAGAAAGUACUUCCAGAAGCAGUGUGAUGCCUGCGUGAAAUACAUCAGGGACGAGAGGUGGUUUCAAGCCUUUGAAGUACUGGAUAAACUACUAGAUGGUGAUUUAACAAACAACCCUUCUUAUUUCCAGAAUGUCACAGGAUGUCCUACUUACUAUAACCUGUUACAGUGCAAGGAACCUGAGGACCAAAAUUACUAUGGGAAAUUUUUGUCCCUUCCACACGUGAGACAAGCCAUCCACGUGGGAAACCGGACUUUUAGUGAUGGAUCCGAAGUCGAAAAGUACAUGCGAGAAGAUACAGUAAAGUCUGUUAAGCCAUGGUUAGCUGAAAUCAUGAAUAAUUAUAAGGUUCUGAUCUACAAUGGCCAACUGGACAUCAUUGUGGCGGCCUCCCUGACAGAGCACUCUUUGAUGGCCAUGAAGUGGAAAGGAUCCCAGAAAUACAAGCAGGCAGAAAGAAAAGUUUGGAAGAUCUUUAAAUCUGAUAACGAAGUGGCUGGCUAUGUGCGGCAAGUGGGUGACUUCUACCAGGUAAUUGUUCGAGGUGGAGGACACAUUUUACCCUAUGACCAGCCUCUGAGAUCUUUUGACAUGAUCAACCGGUUUGUUUUUGAGAGAGGAUGGGAUCCUUACUGAUGGCUUUCCUAUAAAAAGCUACAUUCCUAAAAAAA